AAAUACAAAAAACUUUUUAAUUAAUAUAGGCAAUUUUAAAGGUGCUUUACAUAGAACGUGUAAACCUGUAAAUAUUCUGAACUGUCUGCUAUAUAAUUCUUAAGCCACGACACGAGGGCGACUAGUGAGGCGAGUGGUCGUUACUGAAAAUAAGGUGCAUGGUACAGCCACUCCAGAUAACUAACCGGAAAGAUAUUUCUCUCAAGUCUACAAGUUUUUUUCCUCUUCACAUUAUACAUUGUAUGUUAGAUACAAAAUAGUAUAUUAAAGAAGGAUUUAAAUAUGGCACAUGGAAGUAGUGCAAGUAAUUUCAAGAAUGGUUUGAUAGAUUUCACAGCAGGAUCAUUAGGUGGAGUGGCUGUUGUAUAUGUUGGACAACCACUUGACACAGUAAAAGUGAAAAUGCAAACAUUUCCACAUCUUUAUAAGGGCAUGUAUGACUGCUUGAAACAAACACUAAAGAAUGACGGUAUUGUGAGAGGGCUCUAUGCUGGAACCACUCCGGCAAUUAUAGCGAAUGUAGCAGAAAACUCAGUACUCUUUGCAGCCUACGGAUAUUGCCAAAAAUUUGUGUGUCGACUAAAUGGAACAGAGAAGGUAGAACAACUGUCGAUGCUGGGUAAUGCAUCAGCGGGAUUCCUGGCCGCAUUCUUCUCAUCCUUCACCCUGUGCCCGACGGAGCUGAUCAAGUGUCAGCUGCAAGCCAUGCGGGAGGUUGGCGGGAGCGGCGUUCAAACUGCUGUGAAAAUAACACCGGUCCAACUGACUCAACAAAUAUUUAGGCAAUAUGGAAUCCAAGGCUUGUUCCGGGGGCUCGUCCCCACCAUUAUGAGAGAAAUGCCAGGAUAUUUCUUCUUUUUUGGAGGAUAUGAAGGAACGAGAGAACUAUUAGCGAAACCGGGUCAAUCUAAAGACGACAUAGGCUUUGUGAGGACAAUGAUCGCCGGGGCAGUGGGCGGGCUCGUGCUGUGGACAGUCAUAUUCCCCUCUGACGUCAUUAAGUCCAGGAUUCAAAUAUCGAACAAGAGUCAGAAGUUCCUGACGGUUGGCUAUGAUAUUGUUAAAAAUGAAGGCGCGCUUGCAUUGUACAACGGGCUGAAACCAACUCUAGUAAGAACCAUUCCGGCCACAGCAGUUCUAUUCGUUGUUUACGAAUAUUCCAAGAAGUUGAUGCAUCAGUCAUUUGGAGAUUAACAAAAAGAAAUUAAAGAUGAAAAACAAACCAAACUGGGUUGUUAAUACCAAAUUAUGUGCGUUAAGUACUUAGGUAGGUAAUAGUAAUAGUGUAAGCAGACUGUGAUGAUACCAUUACCAUAGAACUCUGUACAAAACAGUAAUUUUUUAUUUAUCUGACUUGUUAUUACAAAUGUAAAUGCAUUUAUUGUUGAUCAUUUAUUUAUCAAGUAAGUAGUGCUGUGCUGAUACAAACUUACGAAUAAAAUUUAUUUUAAAAUUA